CUCGGGGAAGAUGGCCGCGUUGACGGUGGAGAACUUCGCCGCGCUCCAGAGCCUGCUGAAGGCCUCCUCAAAAGAUGUUGUCAGACAGCUGUGCCAAGAGAGCUUUUCCAGUUCAGCUGUUGGCUCAAAAAAACUCUUGGAUAUGACAUGUUCCAGCUUGUCUGUGACCCAGGAGGAAGCAGAGCAGCUGCUCCAGGCUCUGCACCGCCUCACCAGGCUGGCUGUGUUCCGUGACCUGUCCUCUGCCGAGGCGAUCCUGGCUCUCUUUCCUGAAAAUUUCCACCAAAACCUCAAAAACCUGCUGACGAAAAUCAUCCUGGAACACAUCUCCACUUGGCGAACUGAAGCCCAAGCAAAUCAGAUCUCUCUGCCGCGCCUAGUCGACCUGGACUGGAGAGUGGACAUCAAAACCUCCUCUGACAGCAUCAGCCGCAUGGCCGUCCCCACCUGCCUGCUCCAGAUGAAGAUCCAGGAAGAUCCUAGUCUGUGUGGAGACAAGCCCUCCGUCUCAGCUGUCACCGUGGAGCUGAGUAAGGAAACGCUGGACACUAUGCUGGACGGGCUGGGCCGCAUCCGAGACCAGCUUUCUGCCGUGGCCAACAAAUGACCCCAGCCAGCCGUCGCCCCCACUGCCGGGUCCCAGCUGCCGGCCAGCGGCGGAGCGCCUCCCGGCCGUCCCUGUAGCGGCAGCUGCGGCCGACGGCAGGCCGGCCGGUUGGGUCGGGGAGGGGGCUGCCAUCCAGGAAGGCACUGCUGGAUUGGGAGGAAGCGGCCGCGCCCCCACGCUGUUCUCCUCAUUCAUUAUCUUCGCCUCUUUCCGAGGCAGAAGCCUCCGUCGCCGGAAGACCUAAUCGCCGCCGGAGCCGUGUGAGGGGGCAUCUGCCUCAGCAGCUGCGUGUGUGGCUGCUUGGAAAAUCCGGGCCCCGUUGUGGAGCUCAUCUAACGAGUUCCUUCCCAGCGGCAGGUGUGACUCACGAGUUGGCAGCCCUGGAACACAGGGCGGUGACCCGCAGUUCCACCCCUCCGUCAGGGAAGCUGGCCGGGUCCCCAGAGCGGGGCCACCUCGGUAUGCUCCGCCCUGGCCUACGCUCAGAGCCCUUCCGAGCCCCCUCAACCCUGCCGGCCCUCCUUCCAGCGUAGGGAGUCUGAGAUGGCUGCUCGUCUCCUCCCUCGCACAGCCAGAGGGCCCUU